UUUAAGGCCUGGAAAAUGAAGCCCAACGUCUGGAAUAUAAAGGAGAUUUUGAAUGUCCCCGCCUCUACUGGAGGGAUUAAAGCAAGCAAGGGUUCCGGAAACAGUGACUAUUCCAGCCUGACUGACUCCCAGUUUCUGUUGAGCUCUCAAUUCUGGCCUGACAAUUCUCAAAGCCUUUCUCAGGAGAUGAGUGGUCAGAGCAGAGGCUCUCAGCAAACCUCACAGGAGAUGAAGGAUAUGAUGUUGUCUAGCAAAUAUAGUUCUAAGCCGUUUUUGUUUGGUGCUGAUAGCAAAAUUCCAAACUUCACUGGUUGCAAAGCUGAAGGCAUGUUGGACAGAUUUGAAGAGGAAAAGAGGAAAGCCAAAGAAAAAUAUGAAAGGGAAAUUCUCACUCAUGGAAUUCUACAGUUGCAGGAGUCUCUGGAAAAUAUCAGAGAGAAGUUGUUUAAUCGCAUUGAUGGAAGUAAUGACAUGACCAGAAAAGUUUUAGUGGAGAGAAUGGAUAUUUUUUCAAAAACAAUUGACGGUUAUUUAAACAAAGUGAGAGAGGGUAUAACAUGCCAGUUUGAGACUCUGCAGAGCCAAACACAAAUAGGGAUGGAUGACAGGGAAGGCAAGAUCAGUAUGGCUGCAAAAGAUUUGGGCUCGAACAUGCUUAACCUCAAGCAGGCUCUGGAGCAACUGAAAGCAGAGCAGAGCAAAGAACAGGGCAUGCUGGGAGAGAUUCUGUCCCAGCUUGACACAUUGAUUGCCUUUCAAAAUCCGAUAGCAGGACCUAGCUCUGCCAGAAUGAUUGACAGUGAAGUCCAGACAUCCCCUGGACUAUUAGAGAGGUUCUGUGUAUCAGCUAAAAAGCAUUAUCAGAGCAUGAUGCUAUGUAACAGGCCUGUCAUUUAUUCAAGGAAAGCAGCUGAACAGGACCUGUGUCCACAUAAAACACCAAAGACACAAAUCAGAAAUGCACACAUCCUGCCAGCACAAGUACAGCAGCAGCUCAAGCAAACAGAGGUCACAGAGGAGUUUUCACCUGGUGCCUCGCAGAGAUUAUGGUGCACACAGUUGGUUGUGACCAGACCUUCAAGCCCACUUGUUGAUGCUACAUCCAAUGCAGAUAGACUACUUGUGCAUAUGGAACCAGAAAAACCAUUGUGCGUGAGAGAGAACAGAUUGGGCACAUACACUGAGACUUUGUCACCACCAAAAGUCCUCAGGAGAUGCCAAAAGACCCCGAAUUUCAGGGGGAAAAAGAGACCCUUGGUUCUCCCACAAAGACAAGCAGUGAGAAAGAAAGGGACUGUAAAGAUCUCCAAGGACAGCCAGGAGGAAGUCCUUCAAAGUGAACAAAAACACUUUUUGAGAAAUUUGAGAAAUUGUAUAAAGUAUGUUUUAUGUUCAGUUUCCUUAGGCAUCACAGUGGAUUAGCCUUGUAAGUGAAAC